UUUUCAGUCUGCGGUUGGUGUUUCGGAUUCGGAUUCGGUCCGGAAUGACGUUGACGUUGUCUGUACAAUACAAAGUUGAUGUCGUAAUUUUAUAAUUUAGUCUCGGCAUUCAAUUAAUUCACUCAUUUAAAUCUAUUAAUUGUGGAAGUGCAUUGUGAAAUUUCCUUAUAAUGGGUAUAAAAGAAGCUAAUAUUUAUUUAGAUAAUCAAUGGAACACGUAUUACGCUGGUCAAACCAUCAAUGGAAGAAUAGAAUAUGUGUUUGAUAGUCCUAAAAAAGUGCGAGGUAUCCAUGUCAAGUUUAAAGGAGAAGCUCACACGGAAUGGUGUGAAAGUAGAAAUCAAGAAACUUCUGAUGGGAAGACAGAAUCGACUGAUACCAUGCACACUGGACAUGAGGAGUAUUUCCAAGUCUCAUACUAUUUGCUGGGAAGCAAUUCAGGAAAUGAAAUAGAAAUCCCAGCUGGUAAGCAGGUGUACAACUUCACUUGUGCCUUACCUCCUGUUUUACCUUCAUCCUUCGAGGGUCAAUAUGGAUAUGUCAGGUAUACCAUCAAGGUGACCCUGGACCGGCCCUGGAAGUUCGAUCAAGAGACAAAAAUGGCUUUUACUGUGAUUAAUGCAUUUGAUUUGAAUCUCAACCCUUCUUAUAAGGAACCAAUUCACAUUCAACUAGAGAAGACAUUCUGUUGCUUCUGUUGUGCGUCGCCACCUUUGUCAGUUGACGUUCAAGCUCCUGUGUCAGGAUAUGUGCCUGGUCAGAAGAUACCUAUAAGAGUGGAAGUAGACAACAAGAGUAAUGUCCAACUACAUCUGGUUAAGAUCUUCUUGAGAAAGGUGGUAACAUACAGAGCUACAUCACCUACAAAUCAAACGAAGAAGAUCAAAGAUGUAGUGCUAACUAUACAAGAAGGGCCAGCGCCUGCGGGAACGACGAAGAGUUGGGACUUGACUAUGGAAGUACCGCCGAUACCUCCGUCCGAUCUAGUCAACUGUAACAUCAUUGAUUUAGAUUACGAUUUCAAGGUGGAGUGUGUAGUAUCGGGUAUGCAUUUGAAUAUGAGUGGCAAGAAAUACAUCGCUAUCGGAACUGUACCGUUGGUCGGUAUGGUCGGCCAAGUGGCGCCCUCUGCACCACUGCCAAGUAACGCUGAAACUGGAGAGACGAGUCCGGGCUCGCCUAGCCAACCAGCUGUGUUGCCCGUCAGUCCUGGAUCGCCUAUGAUGCCUUCAGCUCCAGGCGGUGAAGCUGCUCCUGGAGGCUGGGUGAUGCCGGGAGCACAACCCGUGCAGCCGCCAUACCAAACAUUGUAUCCGACUUUAACUACACCAGUCUACAAGGAAUCUCCAUACCAAGCGCGCACAAUCCAGGAGAGGGGAGAAUCAAAUCACAUGUUGAUCAGAGGUCAAAGUAACUUCGCUCCUUACUAUCCUACUUACGCUGCUGUCCAACCUCCGCCAUUACCUCAGUAAAAGAUCUGAUUGCAAUCUUUUUAAUAACGUGCAUUUUAUAAACAUUUAAUAUUAUAUUGAGAUGUUUUCUUGUAGUCAAAAAUAGUAAAAAAAUUUUAUUACUUUGAAAUACUCGAAAAUAAUCUCUCUUUUUGUAAUUGUUUUGAUGAUAUACUUAAAUGUGUGUUUUCUAGCUAGAAAACACACAAAUAAGCUUAAAUAAGCUUAUUUACGAGAAAUUAUGUAUGUUCGUUGAUAUAAAAGUAUGUGAUAAUGCAAAAUCUCGUAGAAAAUUCAUCUAAAAAUGACGUUUUUUCAUAUUUUUUGUUUGUAUUGAAUUUGACUAUUUAGAAACGUCUCUGUUAUAAGCAACAUUUACAAAUAUUUAUAUAUAAGUAAUAUAUUCUUAAUUAUAAGCUUAUAACGCCUUUUGGCAUUGUCCGUGUAGUUAGGUUGUGAUACUAACGCUGAUGUUACGGAAUAAAGAACGCUAUGUUGCUAGGCGUAAUAAGGCAAUUUGAUGAAUUUUUCAAAACUAUUUAAGGUUUAAAUUGGCUUCGUAUUUGCAAAACAUUUGCGUAGCAUUCGGUAUGUGUCAAGUAGUAGUAAAGCGGUAGGUAUGCUUGUAUUAAUUAAUUCGAGCCUUUAUUCAAUUUUGUAACUUUUUCUUAUGCAUCAAUAACUAGAAAGCGAGAUCGUUUCUCAUGUUUUGAUUGGAAUGUUUUUGGACUGAAAUGACAAAGUAUUAAAAAAAACAAUUUGAAUUAAGAUGUAAUAUUUAAGUGUAAUCGCACAAUUUUUCUUUUAUAAUACGAGUAUUAAAUGCUACCUUUUUAGGUAAUCAAAUUCGUCUCUGAAUUUAGAUUCAAAGAACCUUGAUCGUCAUAAUUAAAUAUGAGCUUAUCGAAAAUAGAAUUUAAUAAAACGAAGUAGGCAGCUUUUUAUUGAAAUUAGGUAUUCAUAAUAAGGAGUAUCAUUCCGUAAAUUCUGUUUCCUAACUGGCCUAUAAAGAGCUUUAAGACAGUGCCAACUAAUAUUUUGCAUUAUAAAAUGAUUCUUAUAGACAUAUUUUGUGGAACCACAUUGUAUAUGAUAUUGUUUUUGUAAUCUCGUUUUAUUUUCAAAGUUUAAUUUUGUUAACAAUAAUAUAAUUUACAUAAUACAUAUUAAAUGCUAUUUAUCUGUAAGUUGGUCACAUUUUGUAUUCCUCUAUUAACCCUACAACAAUGAAGAUAUUGAUAUUGUUGAUU